CAAUAAUUCGUAACAUUGAAAAUAAAAAUGCUCGGGUUAGUUGUCACUUUGAUAAGUAUUGCAGCAAUUUCUGCCCAUCCUUAUUAUGCGGACAGGAUACCAAAUGGAUAUACUGUGCCAAACCCAUGCGGUUCCGGAUCUUGGCAAGCGGUGGGCCAUUACGAUGCAAUACACCAUACACAUGAUAAAAAUCCAUUCGGAAUGGCUUUUGCAGCUCAGGGACACAUGUGGACAACUGCAUUAUGUAAUAUGGACAGUGAUGGUGACGGUAAUACAAACGGCGUGGAGCUAGGGGAUCCAACCUGUGUAUGGGCGGUGGGUGCAACUCCAACCGGAGCAGCAACAGGUCAUCCAGGUCUUUGUGAACCAGUAGGCUCCGCACAGUGUGCCGGACAGUCAUUUACCUGCGGUUGUCAUGGUCACAAUUGUAGCGGAAAGUAAUUGUGCGUCAGUUACUUUGAAUAGUUGUUUGUAGAAAAUGAAAAUGUUCUAAAACAAAAUAAAAUAUUAUGACAGUCUU